AUGUGGAUGUUGGUACCCAGCUAUCGGGAGCAGUCUGGUCCUUCUCAGCAUCUCAGUGCAGCCGGCCUGCGCGCCACUCAGAGCCCAGACCUCACACUGCAAGAAAAGCGCGGCCACGGCGAAUAUCGAAACCUGCGGGAGCGGGAACCAGCCCGUUGGAAGGGUACUCCGACUCAAGUGACCUAUUCGGAGCAUUGCGAUGAUUUUACUGCUGUGAAAACUAAAUUCUUGCUCAUUGCUGCAAUCGCCAUUACUGGCGGACUCGAAUCAGCGCGCGCCGGAAACCUGACUGCCUAUGUCACGGGUCGCGACAGCGACAACAUCGUCACGUUCGAUUUGAUGACAGGCGCCUCGGAAGUCGUGGCGACGCUGGUUCCUAACGCAAGACCACGCGGAAUCGUCGUCGACGGUGCUGGGACAAUUUACGUCAGCACGCAGGGCGACAACCAAAACAUCAAACGCAUCACACCGGGCAGCACUCCGCUGAUCGAGCACUUCACCGCAUCGAUCGGCAAUUUUGGUCCUGCCCAACUCGCAUUUGAUCCCUCUGGCAAUUUGCUCGCGGCGGGAGCUCGUUCGCGUGUUGUCUUUCGUUACGACAUCACUGACGGAAGUGUGAUCGACACGUUCACUGAAUCGGGUUGCUGUAACCUGGCGGGGCUGGCGAUCAAUGGGACCGACGUCUAUGCCGUGGAGAUCUUUCAAGGUUCGAUCCACAAAUUCGAUUUGACUCAGGACCCGGUAACCGGUUUCGAACUCGUUACCAAUGCCUCGCAACUGGAUGAGGCGAUCGGCAUCACCGUCGGUCACAACGGAAAUCUGUUCGUAUCCAGCACACUGAACAGCCGCAUCGAAGAGUUUGAUUCCGUUGAUGGCAGCUACCUCGGCACAUUUGUUGACGCCGCCGUGCUCGGUGUCGCUGGCACAGGGGGAUUGCGAUAUGAGCCAUUCCUCGAUCGUUACUAUUCGGUAACCGGGGACAGGAUGUAUGAAUACAAUUCCUCUGGUGUAUUGACGAAUACCUACCAAAGCGAACUGCUAGAAGGCGCCCGGGGAGUCACGAUCGUGGUUCCCGAGCCCGCCUCAUCCACGCUUGGAGCUAUCGGGCUUGUGAUGGUCGGCUUUACUAGCCUCGCAUGGCGGCGAGACGACACAUCGAGAAGAGCAACAACCCGCUGA